AAAAGUGCGACAUCCCACUGAAAUAGCAACAUAUUCGAAAUGAACUCGGUUCUGGUCUAGAUAGUCUCGUUUUGUCAUUGUUAUUAUCACUCGGAAUUAAAAGCCGAUUAUGAUACGAAAAUAAAUCGUUGUUAUCGCGACGUGUUGAUACGGCAUAGAGUAUAGGCAGAUUUUCAACAGAACCUACUUUUUUUUAAAUAAGUUACAAACCGCGAAAAAUGCCGAUUCCAUCAUCAGGAAAUUUAGGCAGGAGGAAUUGCAUUCCAAUUUUGUAUACCAAAGGAACACAUUACGAAGUCGGAUAUGACGUGGGUCGUACAUUCUCUGGAUUGAUCCAGAAUUUCUUAGAAGAAGCCGAAUCUACUCCAGGUUACCUUGGCGAAUACCUUGAAGCAUACAACACUCCUGAAGGACAAAAAGGCUAUGAAGACACUCUAAACUGUCUAAAGACCAAUUUUCCUCAGUAUGUGGAUGAGCUUAAGGGUACUGCUGAAGGAGCCAACGUUCCUUUUUACAAGUUAUUUCUUCUUCAUAUGGACAAUAUAAUAUUAAGCGCGGCCGAGAAGAAGUUAAUUGAUCACCCUACAGGUUGUUCAACUAUAUGUAUCAAUGAAAAAGGUCAAGAACUUCUUGGUCACACUGAAGAUGCCUUAGCACUAACUCUAAACUAUUACUACUUCGUAUCAGCCCACAUAAUCACAGAUAAACCACAAGGAAAAUGGGGAGUCAAAGAGGAGAAGUUCACUUCCCUUUGCUACGCCGGUCAUCUACCGGGUUACACCAUGAGCUACAACCACCAUGGACUAGUAUUUUCCAUAAACACAUUGGUCGCUAAAAAUCUGAAAACUGGAAAGACGCCUCGUCAUUUUAUCACACGAGCGCUUUUAUCAGCAGAAAACUUCGCUCAAGCCCAACAGAUUCUCAGAGAUCGUGGAUGUGGUGCUGGAGAUGGUUGCUCUAUCAACAUGACUUUUAUCAAACAAGAGGGCGACAGGUUAUUCCACAAUGUCGAAAUGGGGCCAGCCACUGCUAAAGAGGCGGAAUCGCAAUUGAACAUAUUGACCGUUAGUCCUGGAGAAUGCAGUUUUCACACAAACUCAUAUCUUAGAAUGAAAUUAGAAGAACCGGAUAAUAAAAAGAUGUUUGAGAGUAGCGUAGCGAGGAUGGAGACGUUUCGGAAAUAUAAACCUCCGAAAAAUGAGGAGGAUCUGAAACAAAUGUUGAGCGAUAGGACGCAUGUUAACGGUAUUGAUGUAUUUCGGGAUGCAAAGACUGAUUAUGUGAAGACUAUUGCUGUUGGAAUUUUUAAUAUAACUGAAAAAACAUGGUCCCUGUAUUCAGAUAGUCCAAGACAAAAUGACCCUCUGGUAGUUCUACCCCUUCAGCUGAAAAAAUAAGUUUAUCGGACAAAAAGAACAUAAAAUCCCAUUAAUAAAUUUUAUUCUUACUUUAAUGUGUAGACAAAAUAAAUAGUAAUAUGUCUUCUUAUAUUCUAUUUGAAUAGAAUUUAUUAGGCAUUAUAAUAUUUACAAUGUAUUAAUAAAUAAAAUAGAAACCUCCAUAA